GGGGUGGGUAGUCAAGUGGGCGCCUGAAAGUUCCCUUCCCCCCACCCCACUUUCUACCCUCAGAUAACCGAAUAAUCAGAUAGCCUCGAAGAGGGCCCAAAAAGUGAGGAAUGAACGGGCUUAGGGGAGGAAACCCUCACGGGAGAGGAGUGGAGCAGCUGGAGUACUAAUUUGCAUCAGGCACUUGGAAAGAUGCCCGCCGGGUGACUGGGGGGAAUAAAAGGGGGAGGGGAAAGGCCCUCGUCUCGUCGUCCGCGAGGGGAGGGACGCGGUGUACCUAACUCUGGGUGGAGGGCAAAGGGCAAAGUUCAUUGCGAAUCUGCCGGCCUGACUUGCGUUCACUAUGGCAGCCUGCGCCGCGGGUAUACAGCCGGACUCGGCGGCGGUGGUGGUGGUGGGCUCCUGCAUGACCGACCUGGUCAGCCUUACAUCACGUCUGCCCAAAAUUGGAGAAACCAUCCAUGGACAUAAGUUUUUUAUUGGCUUUGGAGGAAAGGGUGCCAACCAAUGUGUGCAAGCAGCCCGGCUUGGAGCCAAGACUUCUUUAGUGUGCAAGGUUGGCAAAGAUUCUUUUGGCAGUGAUUAUAUGGAAAACUUAAAACGGAAUGAUAUUUCUACAGAAUUUAUGUAUCAGACCAAAGAUGCUUCUACAGGAGCUGCUUCAAUAAUUGUCAAUAAUGAAGGACAGAAUAUUAUCGUCAUCGUGGCCGGAGCAAACAUGCUGUUGAAUUCUGAUGACCUGAGGAAGGCAGCUGAUAUCAUUAGCAGAGCCAAAGUAAUUAUCUGCCAGCUAGAAAUAUCUCCAGCUACUUCUCUGGAAGCCCUGACAAUGGCCCGCAAGAGCGGAGUGAAGACCGUGUUUAAUCCUGCUCCUGCCACAGCUGACCUUGAUGCCCAGUUCUAUACAAUCUCAGAUGUGUUCUGCUGCAACGAAAGUGAGGCUGAGAUUUUAACUGGGCUUACAGUUAGUAGCCCUGCAGCAGCUGGAAAGGCUGGAUCAGUGCUGAUAGAAAGGGGUUGCAAUAUAGUAAUCAUUACCUUGGGUGCUGAAGGAUGUGUGUUUGUAUCAGCUGAAGAGCCUGGCCCAAAGCAUAUUCCCUCACAGAAGGUCCUGAAGCCUGUGGAUACUACGGGAGCUGGAGAUAGUUUUAUCGGCGCAUUGGCCUUCUACCUGGCUUAUUAUCCUAACCUGCCUAUGGAAGAAAUAAUCAAGAGAGCCAACUUCAUUGCAUCAGUCAGCGUCCAGUCUUCAGGAACCCAGACUUCUUUCCCUUACAAAAAAGACCUGCCACUUAAUCUGUUUUGAUUAAGAUUCUAAAGCUCAUAUGAUUGCAAUUAGCGUGUACAAAGGCAGAGAAUUCAACCACCGUGUACACUAUAACAUGUUCUCCUUUAGGUACAAAGGAUGUUCAUCCACCAUCCAUGGUUACCUGCUUUCUUUUGUUUAUACGGUAAUGAUCACUGAUUCUUCUUACACACAUUUGCAAAGCAGCUGGCCAGGAUUAGGGGUACAGAUUGAGGUUAGGCUGGGAUUUUGCCUGGAUCUGCAAUUUCAUCACUAUUUGAAAAACAAUUCAAUGAGCGUAGGUCAGUAGUAUCACAUAUAUCUUAUACUGCCUUGCCACCUAGUCAGCAUUCAAUAAAUGUGCAUGGAAUGAAUGGAAUGAAUGAACAAAUAAGUGAACAGUUGUCUGAAGUUCCUAAAUUUAAGUCUAAAAACCGAGUGGGUCCCCAUGCAUAUACCUUCCAUACUGGCUCAGCAGGGGCCAUCGAAUGAAAAAACUGUUUGUUUGGCCCAAAGCAUAGUCAUAUAUCCCUAUAGCUCUUUACCAAAGUAAUGCCUUGAAAUAGCCGAUUCCUCUCCCGAAGCUUCGGCACUAUUUGAGCCUGUGUAGGAGCUAAGAACUUAGGACGGGGCUCCAGCCAAUGACCACUUGGCACCUUCCCAUCUCUAGCUGUCUAUCUGCAGCUAAAGUACAAAUUGUAACUGUUCCAGAGGCUGGCCUGUGGCCAUGGAAGGACUAGGAUUUGUGUGACUGCAUUAACCUCCUUGGGCUUUAUGACCAUGAGGGUCAUUUAUUUCUCCUCUCACCAUUGCUAGUGUCAGGGAUAGAAACCAAGCUAAGUUCUCAGGAGGAGCUGCCCUAGUUCUCCACUAGUGAUUUCCUUAUAGAAUAGCCAGGCAUUCAGAAGUGAAUUUGUAAGAAAUGGGUAAGGAGAAUGGCAGGUGCUUCUUUGAAGAAGGCAGGAUUCCCCACCCAGGAGAUAGCAAUCUACAGAUAGGCAGGAUCCCAAGCCUCAUCUGACACAUACUCAACAGGAAACAGGGUUACAGAGCUGAAAUGGACUUCAGUGAUUUACUAAUCCAACUGCCUCAUUUUACAGAGGCAAAGGGAAUUGCCCGGGGUCAAAGGAUGUAGGUGACAGAGUCAGGGCUUAAAGCCACAUCUUCUGCCUCAUAAGCCCAGUGCUUUCAUGACACUGUGAGGGUUUCUAGUUCUGAUGCUGCCAACCAUCCAGCUGUGUGACCACGGGUGACUUUCCUAACUUCUCUGGGUGUUUUUCACCUAGAUGAAGAAUUUGGAAUAAAUAUGCAAGGUUUCUUUCAGUUCUAAAAUUCUACGAUGCUAAGCUAGUUGCUUGCAACCAUGUGUACAAAAAAUUAAUUAAUAAUAAGUAUAUCUAACCUGGAAAAUUAUAUAAUUUGGGCUUUAUGAAAAAAUAUAACUAUAUGAAAAAUGAUAAGUUUAGAGAAAUUAUAAUUGGGCCGUAGAUCCCAUCUGGGUCGCCAUUCAAAUGUAGAAUAUUUUUAACUGACUGGGGCUAAUUUGUGAGGCUAAUCUGACUGGAGGACUAAUUCGUGACUUUUGACUGUUUAUCUGACUACGUUUAAUUUAACAUGGGCCAUAUAUAAAGUUCCACCACACUGCUCCACUCCCAAAUUGAUAAGCAAAAUAUUAAGAAGGCUCUUAACUAAAUAAUCAAAGCAGAGUUUAUUUAUGAGAUACUAUUUAAAUUAAGAAUACAGGGAAAUAAAAUGUACAACCUGACUGCUUUCCUGCCGUCUCUUUCCCACUUGCUGCACUUCGAACUUCUUGAAUACAAUAAGGGCCUUAGCCGCCACUUGCCUCAGGGCAUGUUACACUUUCCCUGGUUUGUAAUAAAGCCUGUAACCUUUUUAAUACAAUAAGGGCCUUAGCCGUGCCC